AUGCGUCUGGAGGACCGAGUUGCAGUGCGUGAGGUGAUGGAAGCGGGUGACCCAUUUCCGUGGGUCGAGGGAGUUCGCGCAUCAUAUUGCGUUGAAUAUCACGGCCUUCGACAGGGCGCAUUUCAUAGAUCGGUUGAGCCUGGGACUGGGAUGGAGGCUGCACUUGCGCCUGGGGCUGAGGUGGAGCAUGCGCCUGAGCAUGGACAUGCGCUUGUGCUUGGGCCUGAGCUUGAUUUUGAGGCUGCGGUUGGUGUUGAGGUUGGGGUUGGACCUGAUGCGGUUUUUGGAAACUUGUCGGGAAUGAAGGUGGGACGGGGCUGGUUGGUGAGGGAGCCUUUCGAGGUGGUCGUCGUGGUGGUGCCGGGUAGGGCUCGCCGCGGGAUUCGGCCAGUAGUUUGCGUCGCUCUGUCUCUGCUUUGCUGGGUCGACCUCUUUUGCGGGGCUUUUCGCCGGGGUCUAAUCUGGGCGAGAGUUGGGCAGAUGAACCACUUUCGCUGCCGUAUGAGGCGGCGCUUGGUGGUGGCCCUGGUGGCCGGGGCUGGAUUGCUCUUGGGAUUGGCUUGUCGGAGGGGUACAGUGGCCGCUUGCGCAUGUCUGUCGGGCCAGUAUCGCGUGGAAACGGCGUCGGAUGUGGUGGAUGCGCGGGUUGUUGGACCAUACUGA